GCCAUGCCCAGGUCAAAUAAAUUACAUCCAGGGUUCGAUACAUUGCGCAGAUUACAUACACAAAGCUUUAGCAGUACAUUAUACAUCAUUACCUUUGUGCAUUUGCUUUUUCCAACGAGCCGCCCACACAGACACACACAAGAUAAGCAGAAUGACGAAGCCUCAGAAGGCCAUCAUUAUAAGGGCCGGACCCGCAGGGCUGGCGGCCGCUCUCCGUCUCCGACAGUACAACCAUAUUUCAUCCGUCGUCUACGAAAUCACUCCCGAGCCAACAACCCUUGGCGGCGCAAUUGAGAUCCCAUCCAACGGACUACGGUUACUGCACCGGCUGGGACUGUACGACAGCCUUAGACUCCGCGGCGCCGAGACCUCAGACUUGGUCCUGCACUCGAUCAACGGGAAUGUCAUCGGCAAGACGGACCUCGCCUCGUGGAGCAGGGACAAGACCGGAUUCGGGUAUUUGAGAAUCCGCAGAACGAGUCUGAUGGACGUCUUCUACGACGCCGCAAAGCGCGCCGAUAUCCCCAUCCACUUCGGCAAGCGGCUAGUGGCCAUCACCGAGAGCAGCGAGGGGUUCAUCACGGCGACCUUUGACGACGGGACGAGCGACACGGCCGACUUUCUCCUGGGCUGCGACGGCAUCCAUUCGGCUGUCCGCAAGCUGUAUGUGGACCCGGACUUUGAGCCCGAGUACUCGGGCGUUGCGAAUGUGUUUUCCCUCCUUGACACUGCGCCGCUGCCGCCGGCGGCGUCGUCCAUCGACGGCCUGAACGCGACGUUGACGACGGAUGGCCUGCUGGCGCUAUCGCCCUGCACUCCGACGAACGAGAUCCUUUAUUGGUUCUUCUCGCGGCAGCUUCCCAUGCCUCCGGGCGGCGGCGGCCGCGAUGGAUGGGAGGAGAGGGGGAAACGCGAGGUGGAGAACCUAAAGGCGACGCUUCUGGACCUGCUAAAGCAGAUGACUGGCGACUGGGGGGAGAUGUGGAAGGCAAUUAUCCACCAAACUGAUGUGAUGAAAUUCUACCCGAUCUUUCGGAUGGGCCUCGGCGACCGGUGGUCGAGGGGGCGGUGUCUGAUUCUCGGCGACGCGGCGCACGCAAUGCAGCCGCACGCCAGCCAAGGCGUUUCAAUGGCGAUGGAGGAUGUUUUCCUGCUCUGCAGGUUACUCGAGCUGCCUGGGCGGUCUCUGGAUGAGGUCUACGCAGUGUACGAGCAGAAAAGACGGCCGCGGACGGAUGAGAUGUCCAAGACGGCGGAGCGCAAUGGGAAUGUGCGCAAGAAGACGGAUCCGUGGCGACUGUGGCUGCAGGAGUGUGCCAUAUCCGGCAUAUUGAGUGCUUACAAUUUCUUCCAGCUGGACAGGCUGGGCAUAGGGCAGAAGCUAGUGGCGUAUGAUGUGGAGGAGGAGGUAGUUUAGACUGCUGCACUUAUUUUGUCUUGUGAAUAUAAAACUUCACGACGUGUGUACCCCACAUCUCUGCAAUGUCCAGAAUGCCGAGAACCAAACGGGCCAGAGGUCCGGCUGGGGUCCGAGUCUCCGACAGUAG